AUGACAGAGGCGGCUUUGAUGGAGGACCUGGAGAGGCUCAGAGCAUGUACUGACACCAAUGUCUUGUUGCAGACGGCAGAUGCUUUGAUCAAGCGUUACGCUGAAUGUCUGUUCACGGCAAAAGACGCCAUCAACGAAGUCUACGAAGUUGUAGAGGAGGUUCAAAGUAGGGAUCUUUCCGAAGAGAUAUGUGUCAAAGUCUUCGAAUGGCGCGAAAACCUCGAUAGACAUCUCCAGGGCAUAGAGCAGGCCCGGAGAUCCGACGGCGCUAAGAAAGGGUCUGAAAAGAUUAUCGUCAAGAACUGGAAAGUCCCGAGUUCGAUGGUCUUCGAAGCUCAAUAUUAUUCAGAUGAGAAGGCUCGAACGUUCUCUCGAAGUGUGAUGAAUGACCUGGCUCAGUUGUCAAAAAUAACACCCCUACAGCGAGGGCAAGAGCUUGUACUGCAAAAUGUGCAUCGUCGUAUAAAUCAGAACCGAACCAAGACGAAAAUAUCACAACAGCGAAAGUUUAUCGGGAAAAUUAUGCUCAGCGAUGUACACACAGCACUCCAAGAUGCAAAGGAACACGCCAGUAGUAAACGGAAGCCUUCCGUGCAAGAUGAUGGGGUUGACACUGGACCUUCAAAGAGGCUUAAAGAGACGGAAUCAAAUACUGGUCUGGUAGACAACGCUUCUGACAUUCCCACGCCACCUCCAGAGGAUGGCUCCUCGACACCUUUGCUGAACCUGAGUGCUACCAUUAGACGUGGAACGCCCUUUGACGAGAACAACAGCGACUCGCCUUCAAUCUUGACUCCGGAGGUGGGACGGCAUGGCCUCGCUCCCUCAAUCCAAGACAACCUUGCCGACUCAACAAAACCUAUGCUCCUAUCACCGCCAACAACUGGUGAUUUCGCUGAAGACGGAAGUCUGAUGGACCCCGAGCUUACGUAUGAUCAAGAGCACCUUGAAACCCCGCUGGAGCCCGAUACAUCUGGAGCCUUCGCGCAAACUCGCAUAGAGAGCAGCCCCUGCCCUAAGUACGAGUCACCAGGGAAGUCCUCCGAACGAGGACUCUCUCCCGUCCUCAACUUGUCUCUGGACUCAAAUGACACUCCUCGAGGCCAGGAUAGAACUCUGCGCGAAGACAAGAUGCUUUCUGCCGCGGAGCGAUCAUCUUUGCCAUCAUUGACGUCCCCACAACAACAAGACCAACUCGCACGCGAGAAAGCCCUUGAGACUCUCCAGGAUGACCGGAUGUUGUCUGAUACAGCGAUACAUCUUAGUUUGAAACCAUUUUCCGGUUUGACAUGCUGCAUACUCGAUCCGCUUUGGUUUGCAAUAGAUGGAACAGAAUGGCCCUCGAUGCCUAAAUUAGCUCCAGAAAAAGAGCUUUGUCUGAUCCCGCUACAUUCCCGGACACGAUCGCACUGGAUGCUGGCCAUACUCAGGCCUCUAGACCCCAGCAUCACGUAUUAUGAUCCCCUUCUUGUUCCUCUGGUCCCAGCUCAGGAAGAUCGUCUGAAGAAGUUGGGGUCGAAGCUCAUUGAUCAUGGAACACGCACACCACAAAUGGAAUUCAAUCAAAGUUUUGAUGUCCAACAACAGAAAACAGGAUUCGAUUGCGGCGUUCACGUCUUCUUAAAGGCCAUCUACGAAAUCACCGGCUCACCAGCACCAAAGCAGCAUGACUGCCCUCUCGGAAGACUCCAUAUGCGUUCGAUUGUGAGAGAGACAGAAGUUGAACAGGAGACACAACCGAGACCGCCAACUUCGCUGUUCCCCCUGCAUUCUGAUCGCGUUCCAGAGAAGGUAGACAUCAUCAAGGGACUGUACAGGCUAGAGAGCGAAGCAGAAGAGGCCUGGUCAGUAAGCCAGUCUGUACGCGACCUCUUAAAUCACCAUGAAAAAUUGAGCAAUAGGAGGCAGCUAGACUGCAUUGAACAACUAAAGAAGCAACAAGAGAGGCAUGAUGUAGUGGAAUGUGCUUUUACUAAGUAUAAGAACAUGCCAAGCGACAUGCGAACCAACGACGUUACAAAGUUUUUUAACGACAAGCGGCGCAGCGAGGCUAACGCUAUAGAGAAGUCACAAAAGCGCUGCGAACGUAUGGCAGGCGCGAUGAAAGCACUUGUUGCGGCGUGUCAUACUGCAGAUGCAGUUGCAGAGGCAAGGCACCUGAUAUGGCAGGCUUCAAGAUCUAAGUCCGAAGAGUUCGAAAGUUCAAUGAGAGCUGAUAUUUUGAUGAUGGAGGAAGCCCUGUCGAUGCGUGAGAAGCCAUGA